ACGAUCUCGAUUUUUCCCUUUAAAAUCACCAGUAUCGUGUUGAUAGUGACGAGCAGCACGCGGAGCCGGGUGUUCCGCAACAGUACCCGGUUUCUAUUUACCUUUAGUGUAGUCGUAGUUCAGCAAAAGUUAUACCGAAACAGUGCUAUGGAUCCCCAAAAUCAAGAUAUUGUGGCUGCUGGUAGUCCUGCUGAGGUCCCCAACGAUCCAGGGAAAAUGUUUAUUGGAGGUUUAAGUUGGCAGACUAGUCCAGAAAGUUUACGAGAAUAUUUUAGUAAAUUUGGUGAUAUAACGGAAGUAAUGGUGAUGAAAGAUCCGGCGACAAGGAGAUCAAGCUUACAGACAGGAUCUAAUGGGAUACUCUUCUCGAUGGAUACGGGAGUAUCAGUAAGCACCCCCAGGGGUUUCGGUUUUAUCACAUUCAACGACCCAUCAAGCGUGGACAAAGUACUCGCACAAAGCACACAUGAACUCGAUGGCAAAAAGAUUGAUCCUAAAGUAGCAUUUCCGAGGAGAGCACACCCAAAGAUGGUAACCAGGACGAAAAAAAUAUUUGUAGGCGGUUUAUCCGCACCGACAACGCUAGAAGACGUGAAAAGUUACUUCGAGCAAUUUGGACCGAUUGAAGAUGCAAUGCUAAUGUUCGAUAAACAGACAAAUAGGCAUAGAGGAUUUGGAUUUGUCACAUUUCAAAGCGAAGAUGUUGUAGAUAAAGUUUGUGAAAUUCACUUCCACGAGAUCAACAAUAAAAUGGUGGAGUGCAAGAAGGCUCAGCCGAAAGAAGUAAUGCUUCCCGCGAAUCUGGCCAAAACCCGCGCGGCCGGUCGGGGAGCCUACGAUUUUAUGUGGUCACUAGGGGCCCUUCCUGACGGUUUUCCCGCUGCGGCAUAUGCCGCCUACGCGGCCGGUCGAGGUUACUCGGGCUACCCUAGUUUCGGACUGCCAUAUCCAGCAGUGGAUCUAACCAAUGGACAACUCACCCCGAAUAAUAACACUCCACUGUUGACUCAGGCCUUGUCAGGGUCACCGAGUACCCCGUGGCAGGCUCGAGGACAGCCUUCGGGAGCCGAUCACCAGACAUCUUCCCCGGCAGCAAGACAUCAUUUCUCCAUUUCCUUUGCAGUAAUGAACAAUUACCAAGCGGCGGCGGCAGCUCAAGCGCAGGCGCAGGGCUUCGGUCCGCCCGCCUCACCGCACACCACCGGCGCCAGGGCCGGAUUCCCGGCCGCUAAUUCUCCGGGACCCACCAUCGACAUGUACAAUAGCAGCGGCGACAGCGUCGGCUACGUGCAGGCUGCCAGCCCUCAACCGAGCAGCUUUCCGGCUAUCGCUGUCAGCAGGGCACCACUUAAUUAUAGUCCGAUGGUGAAUUUUCUUCCAGGGUCCCCUGAUCCCGGCUGCGUUCACCAAUGGCUACCAUUGAGUCGAAGUACUGUCUAAUGUUGUGUGACCCAAAAAUCAGCAGCUACUGUGAUGGCAUCACAACUGCACCUGUACAUUCACUUUUAUGUAUAAUAAUCUAAUUAUGUAGCACCCCCGCCAGGCGAGGCCCACUUGUUGUUGUAAUGUUUGGUGUAUGCGUACCGCUUUACCGCUCAUCGGUAGCCGACGACCUAUUGUCCUUUUGCCGGACAUAUUUUAUUGGAUUUAAAGCGGUCAUUCGUUCAGCCUUCCGAUUAAAUUACAUGCUAUAUGUCUUAACUAACUGCAUCGAUUGAAAUUUGUGUUUAAAGAACCUUUGGAGCACUGACUUUCGAGGUAUAUAAAUCUUUUUCCCACACAGUACUAUUGGAAUACAUAUUGUGUAAUUUACUUAGAGACUGAAAAAUGAACAGUAGAUAAUUUUAUAUUAGCAUGAAUUUCUUCGCUGCCAAAUCUUCACGUUUUUCUCUAUAAUAUUAAAUUUUUGAAACUUUAAUGUGCCCUCUAUCUAUAUUAACUGAUUAAAUUAAUGUUGGCAAAAGUUACAUAAACAUCGUAACAACAACAUUUUGCGUUACCUAAUAUAUCAAAUUUUACACCUUCAUUAAACUAAUUACAUUAUUUGUUUCAUCCCUAAACGGCAAUCUAUUAUUUCAUGAUAUAUGAGUAUUUUGAGAAACAUAGCCGAAGCUUAAAGUUGUUUGGUGAAACUGUUCUUUUCGUAAAUUAAGCGAAUUCUAUUGUCAACAAUAUGAAACGAGCAAAUAAAGUAUCAACAAACAAUUUGUAGCAAUCUAUUCUCUCCUUGUAAUCUUACAUCACAUUGAAUGUUCUCAAUUAUAAUAAAAAUUAGCAAAUUUUUGGAGAGACGAAAAAAUGUUUUUUUUUAUUUUAAAUUUUAAUUGCUAAAUGUAUGUGUUGUUACGAUUUAAUUUAUCUGCGGCUACCGAUUAUCGCGUUCUCUCCACCAAACACAGGCACUAUUGGUUAACGUCUUGCGUUAUUUACAUAUGAUGUAUUACAGGGUAUCUUUAAAAUGGGAUACAUUAUCCUCACAUAUAUUAUUAUAAUUAAGGACCAACUUGGCAACGUGAUCGGCUCGAAUAAAAAGGUAGAGUUUGAGGCGUUGUCGUGGUUAGUUGAUUAUUUUAUUGUUUUAUCUUUUAUUUUUAAUUUUACUAUAGUUGUUUUAUAUAAAUUUUAUUAUUAUUACGUAAUAUACGAUAUAUUGCAUUAUUUAUGAGAAAUACAGAAGUAUGUAAGAAGUUUUUAUGUUGCAUCGAGCGGUCUAUGUAUACAAAAUAUUCAUUGAAAUCUUUUUACUAAAUUUGUAUAUAUUUUCUAUAAUUUUCAUUUUCGGGAAUUGUUUGAGAUAAUACAUGAAUUCACAAAAAAAAUCUUGGUUUUCAUGAAUUUGCAAUAAGAAUUUGUCUUUAAAUAAAAUUUAUUUUAACAAAAAAAUACAUUACUAUUGUAAGUGAAUCUAGUCAAAAAGUAUUGGUAAUACUAAAAUAUUUUAAAAAAUUCCAAAAAAAAAUAUAUCUAUAUGAUUGUAUUUCCUCAAAAUAUUCCCCCAAAUUUUAUUCAAGCGUGAUGGAACAAAUCAAAAUUCUGAUUUCCCAUUUUAUCACAUUAACUAGCACUAAAUUUACAAAUCAACAGUGAGUAGAUAUUUUCAAGAUAAUUCUAUAUGAGAUAUUUAUCAGAAUGAUAAGGCAAAAAUAUUUAACUUUAGAAUACUACUGCAGUAUUUUGAAUAUAUUUAUUAUUUUUUUAACAUUCCAGCUGUAAGUGUUUUGGCCAAGUGCUCCUAAAAAAAGUGCAAAAUAAAAAUUCAAAAUUUUCUAGUAAUAAAAAAUAUGAAAAAUAUCUACUGUUAGACUGAGAAUUUGAUUCAGGGACUUGAGUGAAUAGCGAAGCCUUUGGGGCUUAUUCCAUCGAAUAAAGGGCAUAUAUUUAGAUUUAACGACGUAUAAAUAUUCACCCUUAUAUUACAUUCGAAGUUCCGAAGAAAUAUUUGUUCCUUCACGCGGAAAGUCUGUGUAGUUAGUUAGUAGUGAGAAACCAUGUUCGUAUUUCUUCACUGUAAUAUUCUUACCCCUCUAUUAGAUCUGUCUAAUUGUUAGUAAUAGGCAAGAUCAAUUUUAAAAGUAUAUAUAUUAUAUAAAUAUGAUAAAUGUUUCCUGUUAUUACGUAAAUAUUCUAUAGGUCGGGUAGCAAAAUACACGAGAAAAUCUAUCAAAGUUAACUAUUAAUGCUGCACAAUUUUCCAACAUUAAUUUUCCGAAAUAUUUAUAGGAAAUUGUUCGACAAACAUCAAGACCUCGAAGUUUACUUUGCUACCCACGAUGUCACUUUAUGUGGUUAAUAAGGUGUGUUAUAAUUUAAAUUAUUGUUUUUGAGUUAUCAUUUUUGCCAGUAAAAGGCUUGUUAUAUGAAUAUUAUUACUAUUGUUGUCUGACUGACUGCAAAGUAUGCUUGUAAUUUAAAUCUCUCCUCAGUACAAAAAAACACCACGAUAUAAAGUAAAUAAUAUAGUUUGAAAGAACGGUACGUUAUAGUAUUGCAACUGAGAUCCAUCUAGAUCAUCGAGAAGUUAGGCCAAAGCUAGGAUGAAUGUGAGUACAUAUUUAUUACAUUUAAACUCAAUUUUAUAUGAAUUUUGAUUAAUAUAUUUUGUUAUUUACUACAGUAUAUGGAUAUUUCAAUACGAACGCUAAAUGAUAUCCAAGGGAACCAAUUUUUGAUUUAAUGUUUAAAUUACAUACUCUUUUAUCUUUUAAAAUCAUUCACCCUCUUACAAUAAUAUUAAAAAUUUAUUAAUAUAAAAAUUGCACUUAUUUCGAUUCUAUCUAGUUUAUUUAAUUUUUAUCCUUCUAAUUAAAUUGCACUGCCAACAAUUAUGAGGUUGACUUUUUCUCGAAAAAUUUUCUUUACUUCUUUACUUUUCUUAAAUUCUUCGAUCAUUGAAAACUUCUGUGUACCCAAUUUGUUGAUAUGUCAAACAUUUAAUUAAUGCAUUAAAUUAGAAAUUGGUGCGUAUUUUGUUGUAGUUAGUGAAUAGAAAGGCGCUUGUGAAGCGUCGCCAGUAGUAGCAGCUUUUUUACGAUUAUAAGCAAUCGAGUUCUUAUUUAAAAGAUCGAUCGAUCAACCUGAAAAGUCUGAAUUUAGCUUUUUCGAGUUUUAGAUAGAAAUUUUUGAAUGGGAAUUUACGGGUGAUUCUCUUUAGGAAUCCAACCAAAGCUAGAAAAGUAUUAAAGAAAAAUCUUACCAAAGAUUAGUGUAAUAGAGACGAUGAAUUUUAUAAAAGUUAAUAUUUUUGUUGCGGCUUUUUUUGUACUUUCAACUACGUUAUAUUGUAGGUAAAUUGAAUUAAUAAAUGCAGAAUAAAAUAAUUAUUGUUUACCAGUAUCAAAUAUCUUGAAUAUAAUCCAAAAAUACUUUAGGAACGAUUAAUUUUAUAUGAGAAAUUUUGAUAAUGAAAGUACAAAAAUUAGCUGAUUUUAUAAGAAUCAGAGAUUUAGGUGGUCCUCAGUCGUUUGGAAAAGUUGCAACGAUUGACUAAACUGAUUUAAAUUGUAGAGUUAGACAACGUUUCCGUGAAAUGUUGGAAAAAAUUAACUAAUUUAACCUCUAUAUUUUGAGGUGAUGACGAUAGGUAUUCCGAUAAACAAAAAUAAUGACAUUUAGAUAGAUAUUAAAUAUUUUAGUUUAGAAAUUUUAUUCAUCACGUUUUUUACAUUCGCAAUUAUCCAAUUAAAUUAUUAAUUUGUUUUCUAGACAAAAACGUCAAUUACUUAACCAGACUUUAAUAUAGAGGGUGCUUCAUUACAACAGUUCAAAGUAAUUACUUUUAACUCGCGUUGUUUUUAUUUAAUGGAAUUUCAAAUGAGACGUUGCUUUCUUGUCAAUGGCGGACCCUGUAUAUAAUUUGGUCAUUAUAUUUGGGUGUCGGGUGAUAGGUUUUAGGUAAAAACCGAAGAGAUUCGUAAAAUCUCGUUUUUCUUUCGGUGAGAAGCUGACCAAAGGAUCGUAAAAUGUCAAUACUAAUGUCAAUGCGAUUUUUUUCCGGUAAAUCUUAAUAUGUCAAUCCAGAGCAAUAUGGUAAUGUAGGUAGUUACAGAAGAGUUAACCAAAAGAAGUUUUUUUUUAUAUAUUUUGAUAUCUGCAAAAACUGUGUUAUAUUUGAAUUAAGCUAUAGAAUUAAGUUAGCAAAUUACCUGCUAUGCGUAGAUCGAUCCUUAAAUUAAUAAUUCGUUUUAAUUUUAACUCGACCCUUGGAAAUAAUUACCCGUUAUUAGAAAAUAUUUUUCUCAUUACCUGCACUUUAAAUUUUAUGCUUCAUUCGUUGUCAUUCUUAAAAUUCUGUAAUUAUUUACAGAGUGAAUUAGUAUAGAGGAAUCAGUGAAUUUAUAAUACAUUUUAUAAAGAAUUUUCUUUUAUUUUUAUUAUUAAAAAUAUUUCUGUUUAUUUACAUAGGUAUCUAAUAAUAAUUUAAAAAGUGAUUUUGCAUUAUUCCACUUCAUUUAUCACAGUUAUAUAAAUUUUAUCAUAUUUAUUAUAAAAUACUAAAUAAAUAGAUAAAUUUAAUUUAUUUUGCGUAUUAUAAAUGAGAUUUAAAAAUCGACAGAUAAACUAGAUACACUCAAAAUCGACAAUAAAAUAAAGAAAAGGCAGCUAAAAAUAUCUGAAACCUGCAAAUAAUUCAUUGAUUUAAAAUCGAAUAGGCACUAAUAAAAUUUAAAAUCUAUUAAUUAAGGAUCGAUUUACAAAAUUCAGCGUUGCAAUUACGGAAAAAUAAAUUAUUAAUUCACGUAAGAUACUAUAUAAUUCGUAAUUGGGCGUCUAAGUUUAAAGGUUACUUCGAACAAAUCGAUAUGAAAUUCUUAGGAAUUUGUUUAAGUAACGUUUUUGAAUUGACCUUACGUCCGUGAAAUCGGUGAAUGGCUUCGCAAUGAACAAUUUUAGAAAUCUAGAGCUAGUUAAGUGUUAAUGAACAAAAAAAAAUAGCCGAAAAUAACAACAUAUCAAAAACUGGUCACGGACGAUCUCGGAAAAAUUUCUAAGAGGCACGCCAAAAGUUACACAAUCAGUCAGUCCACUCAAUUUCUGCAUAAUUCAUUUGAAAGUAAGGGAAAAAAUCUUGUACUUAAUUUGAAAGCCUUUUGGUGUGUUUCUUUGAACGGUCAGAUGUACAUCGAGAACUCCCGGUUGUUUUCAAUAAUUGCAGCACAAAACGUUAUUUUCGAAUUAUUUAACGGCGAUCGUACAAAAAAAAAAUAAAAAAACUAGUGGUCUACAUUAAAUUUUGUACCUUAUUACUCAUUAAUUCGUAUUUCGCAUUUGUAUUCAAAUCUAAUAAAUAUGUGAAUUGUAAUUAUUCCAAAAUUGGAUUAAUUACAGUUUAAAUAAUUUUGUAUAACUAAGGCAAUUAAACAAAAUUUAUAUGAAUGCCGUUUAAUUAAAACAAAUUGAGUUUUCGUGAAUACAUCUAUCCAACAAAUAAUAGUCUUAUAGAGGCUAGGAAAAUAAGAUAGUUAUUCGUGAAAAAUGUGUAUUAUUUAAUGUAUAAAAAAUUAUCUCUCGACAAUAUUAUCUCAUACUGUGAAGUUUUCAGUUGUAUGUUUAAAAAAAAGAAAAUUGUAUAUCGUGGGCCUUACUAUACACUGAAAUUUAAAAAAAAUACGUGCUGUCCAAAAUUUUAUUAUUAAACGUUUAGUUUAACUCUAAUAUUAUACAGGGUGAAGUUUCUUUUUGUUUUAUAACUUGUUACAUAACAUUUCCCCAAAACACGCUGUAUAAUAUAAUUCCAGGGAGCGAAAAUUGUUAGAGUUAGUAUAAUCAAUCGCUCUCGAAAAUUUUCCUUACUUAAUGAAACGCCAAGUGCGUCGUCUCUGUUAUUAUAUUUGUAUUAUUUCUUUACUAAAUGUAUACAAGCUGUAUAUAUCGAUAUUAUGAUAUACAUAAAUAUAUACUCUAAUUUAAGAUACUUGGUAGCAAGUGGUUUGGUGUCGCCACUUUUAUGUAUUAGGCACCUAUAUGUCCCUGUGUUUUGCAAUUUCCCAGUCCAUCCUAGUUUGAAACUGUUUCUGGAAGUACCACUUACGUGUAUACAGCAAACGAACCAUAUUGUGUAUAUUCAUUGUCUACUACAACUAUUAAAUUAGGCAGUGUAAUUUAACCUGCGACAUUCUCGUUUUAGUUAAACGAAUAAAUGAUCAAAAUAAUGUGAUAUGUUUUAUAAUUCGCGUAGAUUACCUACAAUAGACGCUUCGUUGACUGCAUUGCAAUAUGCUGUAGUCGAGUGGUAGUUAGUUGAAUUAAUUUUUAUUUAUUUUUACAAAUGCUCCACUUCUUCAAAAAGUCCACCCGAUAUUCCGAUUUAAUAAAUUACUAAUCAAUCGGUUAUUUUCCAACAAAAUCUGGAAAAUACGCUUUAAAGAAGAUGUAAUAUCUAAUAAUAAAUAGAUAGAUAAUAUUUUCUGGAAAAAUACAAUUCGUUUAAGUGUUUAUUUUUAUUCCGCGAUGAAACGUUUGUUUCAAACUUAAGUGCAUUCGAUAAUAUUUUUAACUACUAUUUUUUUAUUUUUAUGCUAUUAUAUUUUAUUUCCACGAUUCGAUUUAAUUGGAAUAAAUUAAUUCCAAUUAUGAAGACCUCCCACACAUUUUCGACUCGAAUAAUCAAUACGAUCAGCUACAGAAUCUCGGCCAAAUUCUCUCUUUUAAUCCAAUUUUAACACCCACAUUAAUUACCUUUACAUUCUAACACGUUUCAUGUCUAAACAAAAAAUUGAAAUUAUAACUUUGAACUGACAAAACUUUUUUUCUCAUUUAUACGCGUUUUAUAAACUAUCUCUAAAUUAAGUGUUUUCUGUUGUAAUUUUUUUAUUUAUGAAGCGCGUUUGUAUUUAAUGGAAAAUUGUUUUGCCAAUUCCGUAGGGAAAGUACAAAUUUGGAAAAGUGGGGUAUUAAAUCAUACGGAGUUUCUUUUGUGAUAAAAUAUUGUUCCAGUUGAUAUAUAAUUUUUUUUGAUAGGUAGCUAUGAGCAAUGAACAAGAUGGUCCUUCUAGCAGCAGUUUCAGACAGUAAAUGUUAUGUGAAAUCAUUGUAUCAGCCAUUUUGGGCUUUUUGCAAUAUAAAAAAAGCAAUAACCAUAUUCCUUCAGUGGGCGCUUUCGACUUUUUCGUAUUAGGAAUUAAAUAAUAUUAAACAAUUACAUAUAAUAAGUACGUACUAUAUGAACAAGAUUUUACACUAAUGAUAAUAAAGAUGAAGGCGCAUGGCAGAAACAAUGUCAUAUGUUAGGAUGAUUGUACAGAUUGUUUGUAAAAUAUAAAAUUGUUGUGCCGUCGAGUGGACUCAAGUAUGGUCGACUCAUGGGCUAUUUUUGUGUUCGGUAAUUUAUUGUCCUGUCGGGCCUUCAUGUAUAUCUUAAUAUGCGUUCUACAAUGUACAUAUAAAUUAAAAUACAAUGAUAAGACAAGGUUCACAACGUGCCGUGUGUAUGUGGGAUAAAAUAAUAUAAUAUGGACAUUGUUCAAG